GCGUAGAAUGCUGUAGCAACCUACUAAAAGGUUAAUAUCUUCUCUUUAUUUAUAUUUAUGAAAAAGGAUUUCAAAGAUUUCAUGUUUGGGAACAAAUUUUUAAAUAAAUGCCAAAAUGAUAAGCCAAAAUGAUUAAGAAACACCAGUCACUUGUGUGGAUACACAAUUUCAUAAGAAAUAAAUGCAAAGAUUGAAUAGAUGUCUUUCGGGAUAAGAGGAGUAGUUGGUCAUCUUGUAAAUGUUUUUAUAAAGAAGCCCGUCUGCGCCCCGGCAGUUUACGCCGGGCGAAAUAGAGCUCAAGGAAGGCCCCGGGAGCGACAGGCGGGCGCGAUAUCUUCGGUUAUUUCUUUUCACCAUUAUUUAGUGACUAACAUUGUUUGAGCUUUGAAUAGUAUCUUGAUCAAAACGGUGUAUGUCAUGUGUAAGAUAUACUUGGGUGUGGGAGUACCACUCUGGAGAUCGGCGGCGCAUUGGACAAUCUCCUUCGAUGUGGCGAGAACACGUCUUUCAUAUUAUCUUUGGACACGUUACCUGAGAACGAAACUUAUCUCAAUGCUAUUAAUUCUGAAAGAAAUAUUUCGAAUUAAUGAAACAUCGAAGUGGUUAUAAACUAAAACAACUUGUACUUAACAGUAGCUGAAAGUGGCUUUCAAAGAAUCGUCUGGAAAUGAAAUGUGAAUUGUACGAUGUUCAAAACUAUCAUCUUAAAUUGGGUUUCUUGAACACUUUUUUUCAAUUAUUCAGCUUGUUAUCACAAAUAUCACUUUAACUUCAACUUAGUUAAACACACAUAUUUUAAUGUGUAUCUAAAACUCGAAUUGCUGAAUUGAUUUUGGCUUUUAGCAAUUUGUACUAUUGUGCUGUAAAUCACUAGUAUGGAUUAUACUUAUCAAGAAAUAUCAAAUCCCCCAAAAAACGUGAAUAAUUGAAAAAUUGAAUUGUGAAAAUUGAAAAAUUGAAUCAUUUCUAACAGCUACAAGUAGCUGAAAAACAAAAAUAAAAAAAAAAUUUUAUCGAAUUUGUUCAGACCACUUUGAUAUUGAGACGGUGAUGCAGAAAAAUGGAACUGGUAUGGAACCACAACGAGGAAGAGAAUCCAAUCGCGCCCCUAAUCUCGACGACGCGCUCUACGUGUGCUCGACGCGGACGGGAUUUACGAUCUGCCAAGAUUAUGUGCGGAUUCCGUUCUUCGGUGCCGCGUCGAGACGCGGACGGAUUGCGCCGGCACUCGUCCUUUCUGGCAGUGUGGUACCACGUACCAUGUUGGCUUAGAUCGAACACACACACACAUGCUAUUCGCGACCUGCGAAUUCAGGUAGAGCUGCAUUACGUAUUACCUUAUGUUACAGCGUAUCCGGUGGCGCCGCAUCCACCGACCGGCUUUGUUCCCGCGCCGACGCAACCCCCGACUUAUGGUGUUGCAGGCGCCGCCCCUUAUGGAGUAUUUCCCAAUCAGCCUCAAUUGUACGCGACGCAAGGCCCACCGCCGCCGACGUAUGAUCAAACUCUUACACAUCCUAUGAUGUAUCAACCAAUGUACGGGCAAGGGUACCCUUUACAAUAUUACCCACCAGGAUAUCCCUUGCAAUAUUAUCCGCCGUUAGCUGCGACAACAGCAUACUAUCCUGCUAUGCAACCCGCCCCUGUAAGACCUACUAUUAUGGUACCUAAUGGUUUUGACGGUACCCGGUUCGACGGCAUCUCGCAACCGGUGUUGCCACCACCGCCACCCGGAGUGGCCGCGAACGCUGCGCAGCUGGCCGCGAUGGCCGGCCAUAGUGUAGCCCUCUCGCAAAAGAAGGGCUCGUUCCUGGGAGGAGGAACGGAGGGCGGUUAUACCUUUUGGUAAACCACCUAAAACCACCUUUCGUAUAUACACGUACACGCAGAAAACAUACACUCAUGUACACGCCACAUUAACUGUCGGAAGCGCCGUAUUGUUGAAACGACGAGAUUAUGUAGGUAAAUUUCCGUUAGAGUUCUGCUUUUCUCAUCUCUGGCAGUUCCAUCGAUAUCUAUUAGUAUACGUGUGCGCGGACUGAUCCCACACACACACACAACACACACACAUACACACACAUACCGUAUACACACAACAAUAAUAUAAAAUACACAUUUUAACAUGAUACUAAGGCAGCAACCGUGAGAGUUCCCACGCGAUUCAUAUACGGCGAUAUUUGCGAUCGAUAGAAGCGAUCCAAUGAUCUCAAGGACAUCGCCGCCGUCUUGGUGAUCGAUCUGCGCCUCUCAUGUACUGUUGAACUGCAGAAAAUCGUCCCGGCCGAGGAAGACUCGGACAUGACGACGCUCGUCGAACAUCCUCGAAAACUAAUUCCUCGAAAGCUCAUCAUUCUGUAGAGAAGUCGGGAGACAGUGAGAGAGCAUUAUGCGAGUUUAAAGGAUCCGUAAAGAUCCGAAAAUUUCGUGAAAGCCUGGGAUCCGAGAUACCAAGAAUCCACGAUUAUCGAUGACUUGAGGAAACUGUUAUUAUAUCAUAGAUCUGAAAAUUUCAAAUGAUCAAAAUUUUCUAAAAUUCGAAAGGCCUCAAAAAACCAGAAUUAAUCAUCACAGUUCUAAUUAUCGAAUCAAAGAAAAUAUAAAUCUGAAAUUUUAAAAAUCAGAAAACUUGAAAUUUCAAAGAAUGGAAAAUUUCAAAAUAAUCUCAAUUUUGGAGGAUUGGAGCAUUUCCGAGAAUCCAUAGAUCUGCGAACUCAGAGAUUCAAAUUGCUAUGAUAUAAGGAUUAGAACACGUAAAGAUACAACUCUAGUUGAAGGAUAAGUAGUGACUUAUUUAUGAUCUCGACUUUCCCAGGAUUCAAGGUAUCCAGGAUCUAACUUUAGUGGCUUCUAUUAGUUAAGGUUACAGAGAUUCGAGAAUUUUAGUUAAAUUUUCUUAAAUUUAAUUACACCGAUCAAGCAUUUCCGAUAAGAUAAAAUAUUAAGAUCAUCAUACAUAUGUAAGUUUCCGAGGAUCUGUGUCUUCGGUAACUCGCGAAUUCGGGAGUUCUACAGUGUCGGAAGACCCGAAGGCUCGAAGCAGUCAAUGUGCGUUUCCUACGAUAAUAGUUAUUGCGAGAAUGUUAUUUUACAAAGGACAAACUUUAGUUAGAUCAACGAAAGGCAGACUGAUGCCACUGACAAGAAACGACAUUGUCGUUGCGCUCAUCAAAACGGAAAGAAGGAAAGGAUCAAGGAUAAAGAGAGAGAAGCCCAAUGUCGACAAUUGUAGAAAUUCACGAGACAUAUUGCGUUGAUAUUUAUAUUUAAAUUAUUGUUAUUUAAACAAUUUAUUUGCAGAUCCUCCUUAGAGACAGAAUCAUCGGUGCGAUGUGUUUCAACAAUUUAUUUUAUAUCUCGAGAGAGUGAGAAUAGAAAACAGAGGGAGUGAGAGAGCGAGCGAGCGAGCGAGAGAGAGAGAGAGAGAGAGAGAGAGAGAGAGAGAGAGAGAGAGAGAGAGAAAGAGAGAGAAAGUGGAAUGAAUUUUAUAUCACGGAAAAGCGUGCAAUAAGCGUAAAUAUUGUAACAAUAAAAAAACGAUAUUAAUUGAAAAAUUGUGAACUUGUUAUCACGUGACUUGAAUGAGUGAGAAAACAAGAAUGCGAGAGAGAAUAUACUGCGUGUGAGUGACAAAAAAGUAUGAACAAAUGAGAGAGAAAAGUAAAUGAGGAUAAACAAUGAGUUGAGACAAAAAUGUACCACUGCGCGAUGAUCAAUUGUAUGUACUAGUUAAUAAAUGCUAUGAUCAUGCAAUUCGUUAAU